AUGGUUGUGCUGUCAGGGAUUGCCAGUGUGGCUGUUGGUCCUUGGGCGUUUAGUGCUCGGCCUAUUGAUAUGCUCAUCAUUUUCCUCUCGGGCUGCAUCCUCGGUUUCAUGCGAUAUAUCGUCGCCCCUCGGUCUGCCCAAUGUCUUCGAACCCAAGCCUUUGGCAGUAUCUGUCACAAUGGAGAGUCAUUGUUCUGUUUCUCAGCCAUCGCCCAGUCGUCUAUCGCUUUGGUCUUCCCCUGUUUCUCCGUUCUUUGCAGUCUCGAAUUACAGUCCCACCAGAUUAUCGCAGGUUCGAUUCGUCUGGUUUAUAUCAUCUACUCACUGCUCCUCGGAUAUGGUGUCACCGUUGGCACCGUUAUUUACGGUCUACUCGAUGGCAAUACCACUCAGCAGUCUUCUUGUCCCGCCAACAGCUUGGAUGUGCAUUACAGCGAGUACAUCCAACACUUUGUCUUCGUCGCCAUCUACUGUUUCUUCGCGGCCAUCCUCAACCAGGCUAAAUGGAAACAAACGCCCAUAAUGGUUCUCCUUGGUACAGCUGGCUAUGUGACCAACUACUUCAGCACGAAGAAACUCGGUUCCACCUCUCCUGUUGCCAAUACCGUCAGUGCAUUCACUAUUGGCCUCUUCGCCAGUUUAUACAGUCGUCUCUGGCACGGCCACGACGCUGCAGCGAUCGUCCCGGGCAUGUUCACACUCGUCUCCUCGGGCCUGGCAUCCAGUGGAUCAAUUUUAUCUGGAUUGGCAUACGCAGAGGAAAUUCGGAACGGCACCGCCUCUCAAGAUUCCUCUGCCUCGACUGUCCAGAACUCCUUGACUAGUUUGGGAUAUACUAUGAUCCAAACUGCGAUUGGAAUCACAGUUGGGUUGUUUAUUGCUGCGCUGAUUGUGUAUCCGCGUGGAAAGCAAUGA